AUGAGUAAACAGAGUGAAGUUGAUUCGGAUACAGAUGCUCUUCAAGAGUUGGGAUAUACGCAAGAACUCUAUCGUGGGUUCUCACCAUUUAUGUCCUUUGCUUUUUGUUUCACAACAGUCAAUGUUCUGACAUCAAUUUCAAUUGGUUUUAAUUAUGCGCUGAUAACAGGUGGAUCAGGUGUUAUCAUUUGGUCGUGGAUUCUCGGGUCAUUUUUUACAAUUCUUAUUGGUCUCUCAUUAGCAGAAAUCUGCUCGGUUUAUCCGAGCGCCGGCUCCGUUUAUUAUUGGGCGGGUCAACUUGUUUCACCUCGGCGUGCGCCUCUGGCUUCAUUCAUUUGUGGAUGGUUUAAUUUUGUUGGCAAUGUCGCGGGCAAGUUGAACACAUUGAAUUCUCAACUAGAUAAAAUCGACUGUUUUGCCUCGAUCGUUAAUGCCGCAUUUGUACUUGAUGGUAAACCACCGCUGAACAUUCAUAUUCAAGUAGGUAUUAGUGUUGGAAUUACAUUUAUCUGGGCUGUACAAAACGCACUUCGGAUCGAUCAACAAGGAUGGUUGAAUAAUAUAGCGACAUUUAUACAAAUUUGUUCGACGAUAGGUACAGUGCUCGUUCUUUUUCUCAUGACUCCACAACGAGCAACGGUUUCUGAUGUAUUUACGUCAACUUAUAACGAAACUGGUUUUCCGUUCAUCUAUGUGUGCUUUAUUAGUAUUCUAUCCACCCUUUUUUCAUUUUCCGGUUACGAAGCGGGUGCACACUUAGCUGAAGAAACCCAAAGUGCUGGAAAGGCAGCUCCUCAUGGUAUUGUUGGUACAUGUAUUUGCAGUGCGAUCGUUGGUUUUGUCUAUUUACUUGCUCUUCUUUUCGCUAUUCCAAAUGUAACAAACUUCAUGGAAGUAAAUAAUUAUGAUGAAAUGAACUUAUCUAUCGCUGUUUAUCGAUUAGCAGUACCACAUAAAGGUGCUCUAGCACUGACUAUUUUACUUAUUAUAAAUCUUCAUUUCGGAGGAAUGUCAGGAAUGACGGUGACAAGUCGGAUUGGUCGAGGGAAUAGAAUAAUAGAUACAAGUGGAGAAAAAUCCGAAUAUCGAAAAUGGACUCAUUAUUUCGAUAAAGUUAUUUCAACAGUAUUUGUUGUUUCAUUAAUUGAUUAUGAUCAAGAAGAUAAAAUGGAAGAAAGUAUAAAAUUAUUUCGUAAAAUUGUUACUUCACCACAUCUUGCCUAUUCAUCUCUAAUUCUUUUAUUGAAUAAAAAAGAUUUACUUGAAGAAAAAAUCCUUUAUUCACAUUUAAAAGAUUAUUAUCCUGAAUUUGAUGGUCCAGAACGAGAUUCACAAGCUCCAAGAGAAUUUAUUCUUAAAAUGUUUAUUGAUAUGAUGCCAGAUGACAAGAAAACUAUUUAUUCAUAUUUUACUUGUGCAAAAAAUAUUGAUAAUAGUGCAUUUAUAUUCGCUGCUAUCAAAGAUUCACUUCAUUUAUCUGUUCAAAAAUUUACCAAUACUCAUAAAACAUAA